UCCUCCUUCAAGGCCUUCGCACUGGCCCAGGCUACGCAGUGGAGGAUUUGCUACGCUGGGCCGGAGGUGGUGGCGGUGGUGGUGGCUCGGAAAACAGGGCCAUAGAAGAGACAUUUGGGCAUCUCGCCGAGCUCUCUGUCCUGUGGUCCGAGGUGCAGAAAGACUUUGCUGACCAGCUGAAGGAGUAUCGGUCCCAGUAUGAGCUGGUGCUGGAGGGCGAGAGACAUGUGGCGGAUGCAAGAGAGGUCCUGAGCUUGAGAGAACAGAGAGAGGGCAAACUAAGGAAGGAUUUGAAGAAAGCCAGCAAAAAGGCACCACUUGAAGAGAUCUGCAUCCUGAAGGAGAAAUUAGGACAAGCAGAGAAAUCAAGAGACUUAGCACAUCUUGACGUGGUGGAGCGUGUGGCAGAGAAUGAAGCAGUUAAGAUGAUUAGAGUGAAGGAAGGUCUUUUGAAGCUUGGGACAGCCUACUGCGAUCUGGCCCACAAGUGUCUGGUCAUCUUCACAGCCCACCAGAACAUCGCAGCUCAACUUCCUGAUGUCACAGACCGGGAUAUCCAGGGGGUGAAGUACACUGGAGCAGGUGCGGCCACAAGGUGCGUGCAGGAGGCCAAGGAGAGAGUGCGUUCCUUCCGUAGAAGCAGCACAUCGCCACCCAAGGCCCCCGCCCCACACCCCAGCGAUCCCCCUUCCCCUUACACCCCUACCAGCACCACACACUUCUUCCCUGCGACAGCCCCGGCACCUCCCCACCCCCCUCUGACCCACAGCCCCUCCCUGCCUGAGGAACACACCCCAAACACACACACACCCUCGUCAGCGCACUCCACCAGCACACCCAACCUUACCGAGGGCACACACACACACACACACACACACGCACACGCACACGCACACGCAGACACCUCCACCCCACCCCCUUUGACCUUUGACCCCGACACACAGACAUACAGACACACAGACAGUCAUUUACGAAACCACUCGAAUUCUUGCCAGUUUACUACACCUCCCUAUAAUGACCCUUUGACCCCACCCCCCCAGCAGACCCCACAGCAGCCCCCAAGCCGCCCCCCGCCCCACAGCCUCCGUCAGGCCGCGGGUGGGCUGGAACCCUUUCUUUGAGGAUUCUGAAGGGGAGGAAGAGGACAACAGGGAGGCUGGAGACAGGGGGAUAGUUAGGUUCUCAGGAGCCUUCAAAAAGAGUGGUAUUAGGUGAAGUGACAUGACGCUAGGUGAGGUCAGGUCAGGUGAGGUCAGGUGAGGUCAGGUCACGUCAGCCUCUUAGGAAUUAUUAUUAUUAUUAUUAUUAUUAUUAUUGAGAUUUCAUUAUGCAUAGUGUGUGUGUGUGUGUGUAGAAUAUAUUGUAAAUCUCUCUCUCUCUCUCUCUCUCUCUCUCUCUCUCUCUCUCUCUCUCUCUCUCUCUCUCUCUCUCUCUCUCUCUGGUUGUGACAUUAAAUUUAGGUUGUGACAUAAUUGUGAUGUGUGUGUGUGUGUGUGUGUGUGUGUGUGUGUGUGUGUGUGUGUGUGUGUGUGUUUAUAGAAGCAAAGGAUACCGACCUGACCUUUCCUGACCUCAUUUGACCUCACCUAAGCAAUAACUUCAACAUAGAAUGAUCUCAUGUAACCUAACCUAAUGUAACUAAAACACUCUCACACUCACGCAAAACACUCA